AUGAUGGGCGUUCCUCCGGCGACAGGCGGCAGCCUGGCCUCUGGCGAAGCGCGAAGUUUGCCGAGUCCAUCCAGCUCUUCGUUUUCUUCGUCCUUCGCUUCUUCGGCCUCAGCUUCAGAGCCUGCUGCUGCUUCGAGCGCCGCGAGUGCGUCUGGCCAGCAGGGCGCUGCCGCUGCGCAGACCACCGGAGGCCAGUCUUCACUGUCGGCCUCCGUCGCCUCUUCGCUUCCCGACAAAGAUCAUGUUUGCCAGCUUCUCCUCGACCUCUGCGUCCUGGAGAAACGCGAAGCGGCUCUUGCAGACCUCUCGAAAAGACGCGAGCAGUACCCCGACCUCGCUCCCCUGUUGUGGCACAGCUUCGGCACCAUUGCCGCGAUUCUGCAGGAAAUCAUCGCCAUCUAUCCGUGUCUCUCGCCUCCCACCUUGACUGCUGCGGCCUCGAACCGCGUCUGCAACUCCCUCGCGCUUCUGCAGUGUGUCGCGUCUCAUCCAGAUACGCGACAGGCGUUUCUCAACGCGCACAUUCCGCUGUUCCUCUACCCGUUUCUGAAUACUGUCUCCAAGACCCGGCCUCUCGAGUAUCUUCGGCUGACAUCGCUCGGGGUCGUCGGAGCUUUGGUUAAGAUCGACGACGCAGAAGUUAUCAACUUUCUUCUCCAGACUGAAAUCAUUCCGCUGUGUCUGCGAAUCAUGGAGACAGGCUCGGAGCUCUCCAAAACGGUCGCGACGUUCAUCGUCCAAAAGGUUUUGCUCGACGACGUCGGUCUGUCGUACAUUUGCGCGACGGCGGAGCGGUUCUACGCCGUCAGCACUGUGCUGUGCAACAUGGUCUCUUCGCUCGCAGAGUGCCCGCCUGCCCGACUGUUGAAACACGUCAUUCGCUGCUACCUCAGAUUGACCGACAACGACCGGGCGCGGGAAGCUCUCAAACAAUGCUUGCCAGACGCUCUCAAAGACGCGACGUUUCACGCAGCGUUGCAAGACGAGCCUCUGACGAAAAAAUGGCUGCUCCAGCUUCUCCAGGCAGUUGCCCCGAGCGAGGUCCACAACGCCGCAGCUGUGCAGUCUUGAACGAGCUGGUGCUGAACGAGCUGGUGCAGAAAAAGCAGGGAAGUACGAGACGCGAGAGGCGGAAGCGGAGGAAGUACGAGACGCGAGAAGCAAGAGCGACCAAGGAGGUGCAGAACGAGAGGAGACAGACAGAGACAGAGAGACAGAGAGGGAGCCAAUCAGCUACGCAGAAGGUGUGCCUGUCGAAGAGAAAAGAAUGCGUACUUCUUUCAGGUGAACUAUGCCGAAGUGAAGGGGUUUUCGUGGAGGCGCGAACUGCCUUUUCAACAUCUGAGUUUGUGUAGUGUGAAGCCC